UUGUUGUGUUCGUUGGUUUAUCAGCAGGAUUACACAAAAACUACUGAACCAAUAUCCACAAAACUUGGCAGAAGGAUGGAACCAAGAACCCAAUGAGUUUGGUGCAGAAACGGACAAAGGGGCCGGUCGUUUUUCACUUUGUUUAAAUGAACAUGUUGGACUUUUCCACCAGUUUCCCAGUGAAUGAUUCCCAGUUAGAGAACUGAUAUAUUAGUGUUUGCAGAUUGAUUGAACUGGACUGAAGCGUAUUAAAGUACAAGCAACCUCAGAGUUGGGGUGUGAGGUUCCUGUGAAGAAGCAAACUGAGUCAGAAAACAGAAGUGCACGAACACCUCCCUCUCUCAUAUUGAUAAGAGAUGUGUUCCUCUGAUUCUCUACCUGUCUUGAAGUGUGUUUGAGUGGCGCUGCUGGAUGGGACCAUGGGGCACUCUGUGCUCGGUGUGCUGUCGUUAUUCUUUUUUCUAGUGCUGACUUGUCACAGCACAGUCUGAUCGACCAGAAGAGGAACCAGACGUUGUUCCUCUCGCCACAGAGAUGGUUGGUGGUCGCCUUCGUUGCCUGAGCUGCUGCUUCACACACAGCGAGCUGCUUUUUCACAUGCUGCUUCUCGGGGUUUGCUUACAUGAUGUGGGGGCUUCCGGCUGUGAUCGCACCGUCCAUAAACAAGUUGGAGACACCGUGGAGUUUUCAUCAUGCUUGUCACCUGUUAAUGUCACCGCCCCGGAAUGGACAUUUAAUAAUUUGGUAGUUGCAGACAGGAGUCUACAUGUACUGGAAGAUCGUAGGUUUGAAGGCAGAGUAAAGAUGAACCUCAGAAACUUUAGUUUAACAGUGACGAAUCUGACUCUUCAAGAUUCUGGUGACUUCCAUUUUGUCUCAGAGGUAAAUAAUAAGCAAAGGACCACAGUCAUCAUCCGUCUACAAGUUCACGAGCCCUUGACUCCGCCCGACCUCAGCUUCAACUACACCUUUCAUCCUUCAAACGAAUCCUGCUCAGUUUCGCUGGAGUGCGUUUCGACCCCCGACAGCAACGUGAACUACAGCUGGAGCGUGAGGAACCAGACCCUGGUCGGCCCCAGGCUGUGGUACACCAUCAGGCGGCAGGACGGAAAAACCAAGUUCACCUGCACCAUCUUCAACAGUGAGAUAUCUACAUCUAAAACAGUGACGUGUGACAACAGCAGCUCCGACUCAUACGAGGAGAAACAAAAGCUCAUCUUCUUCGCGGGGUUGGCGGCAGGAGGUGUUUUGAUUGUUGGCCUCGUGGCAGUUAUCGGUGUCUGUCACUGCAAACAGAGACCAGCUGACAUCGACUCCACUGACCUGACGGUGUACGCUGACAUCGCUGAUGUGGCAGUUGCUGAGGAGUCAAACAUCCAGAGGACAUCGAUGAAGUGCUCGGUGUAUGAAACCGUUGGUGACCCUGUCAACGCAGUGAAACCAGGGCCUCACACUGUGUAUGACAAGAUUCAGCUUGGUCGCUUGAGGGAGGUGCCGGUGUCCUUCUACCAGGACAUUCAGGGGAUCAAGAAGUAAAUGGGGAUGCUGAAAGUCCGGCUGCCUCACGAAGGUGCUCCAUUUGCUCUGGCAUCAGCUUCUGUAAAAACUUGUAUUUUGGCCCUGAGAGAUUUUUGCACCUUGUGUUUAUCAGGAUUUUAUCAAAGUAUAUUAUUAGAACCAAUGAAAUGCAAUUUAACUUAAAAGCUAAACAAAUGAAAUGCCAUAUCAUGUGAAAUCCAUAACUGAAAUGCAGUAUUAUUAAAAAUUCAAUCU